GGAGUUGAACUUUCGAAGGCGCAACAAGUGGAAAAAUAAAUUACAAACUUCUCGUACAUACUUUGGAACUUCAGUGAAGAGUUUAAUAAGAAAAAUACAAAAUUUGUGGAUUAUCUUGGAUUACUUUCACACCUUCACAAACUAAUUAAAUUGAUUGUCUUCUUCUGGAAUAAAAAUAAAUCGGGCAUAGAAUUUCAUGAAGGAAUUCUCAAUUUAAAUAAAUUGAGCUUAUCUUUAUGCUCAAAUGACUUUAAAAUUGUUAUAACAAUGGAAGCGAUUAAUGGAGUUAAAUAUCAUCCAGUGCCUGCAGUUCGUAGUAGCAAAAUAAAGCAAGCAAACGGAAUGCAAAAAUUGUACACAAAGAUUAUAAACAAAAUCGAAGAUUUCCCUCCGAAGCUGCAUCCAAAACCUGUGCCUUGUAAUUUAAUCCGAAAUUCGCCUAUAAACAAACCAGUGACGAAGGUCAGAAAGACAACAGAAAAUCCGAUAAUUAAACCGGUACCAACCAGUGGUUAUGAGAGUCUCGUGUCUUCAAUUUUAUCUGACGAUGAUGAGUUUUAUUCCAAACUGACCUUCGACGAUUCAGAACAAUCUCUCGAGGAUGAGAUUUUCGAAGAAUUAGAAAAGGUCGCACACGAUGAAGCAAAACUCAAUGCAGCUCUUCAGAAUUUUGACAAAAUUCUUUCUGAAUACAACGGUAAGAAAGCAAAAGAACUGAAACAAACUGAGGUCGUUAUUAAGAAAGAAGAAAAACCUUCAGCAAUUCCAAAGCCACUUCAAAAAUCAAAGACUUGCAGUAUCAUCGAAUCAAAAUGUAUUUUGAAGAAACAAAAUGAAGAAAAGAAGAAAAAUAUUCCUCAGAAAGUUGAGAAGCCUUUGAAUGUUGAAAGCCUUGUUCCGAUAGCAAGUGCCAACUGUUAUCAGGUCACUAAAAGCUUGUGGAACCUUCAAGAUUUCGAUGACUUUGCAAAGUCGGCUAAAAGCUCUGAAAAACCUCAACUUGCAGUUCGUAGAAGCGAUGGACCGUCGACGAGCGCUCGUAGUACAAUGUCACGAGCGAAAAGCGUUUGGGACAUGACACCAACCGCACCAUUAUCACUUCGACCCACUUACAGUCGUCAGUCUUCAAUCAGUAGAAUUCCAAUUAAAUCAUCAAAGCUCUCGAUGUCAAUGAUGCAUCUUAAUGUAAGUAACACGGCUUUAAACACAUCAUAUUGUAGUCCAUCGCCUCGUAUGACCAAAUCAUCUGUUUAUGCAUCGACAACUUCGCUUUCAAAUCCAACAUCAUCGAAACUUUCGUUAACGAGACGAUCAUCAUUGGCUUUAGCACCGAAACGACAAGAAACUCCACCACCGAAAUAUGUUGAGACGAAAACGAGUCUUCAACGUCGUUAUUUAACGUCAUCAAUGAAUAACAUUAACAAAAUGCCACUCUCAAUCGCACCAUCCAAGCCAAUUCAAAUUUCUACGACAUUGAAAUCUGCAAAAAGUGAAAUGUCGCUUAACAACGGAAGAUUUGUGUUAAAAGCUUUCGAUCGGCAGCAACAAAGUAAACAAAAAGUCGACCCAAUUCAUCAUAGUCGCAUGGCAUUAAAAACGAAAAAUGUUGUCGGUGAAUCAAUGUUUGAUAAAUGCAUGAAUGUGAAAGGACAGGAAUUAGCAAGAAAAGUUGAAGAAGUUAGCGAGUUAAAUUAUGUUAAUGAAAGAACGAAGACGAUUGUAGUUAUUGGCGAUGGCAAGAAACGUGAUUAUAUUGCGAAACAUCAACAAGCAUCAUCAGCAUUCCCAUCACCGUCUACAAAAGCAUUGUCAGUUGUGAGCAUGAAUACAAAAUCGAGCUUAACGAAUUCUGCUUAUUCAAUAAGAAAUCAUCACAACGAUGCUAACAAGACGCUGCUGAAAGUAAAUGCCAUAACAAAUCCAUGCACUGUUGACAAUCAAACGGGAAAUCGUCAACAACGGCAACAAACUGAAAGUGAAAAUACUUCAAAGUCAGUCACUCAGUCAUCUAAUAGAACAACAGUUACGACGAAGAUUGUCACAGUAAAAUCUCCUUAUAAUAUUCGAAAUAAUCUUUCACAAUCGCCCACUCUGAAAUCAUGUGAGAUAAUUCCAGUAGUUUUGGACGAAACGACGCCAGUUGAUGUGAAAGAUUAUAACAGUGAUUGUAGUGACGAUAGUGGACAUAUUUCAAAUGAGAACGAAGAUUUGACGUUAAAAAUGGAGUUGAAGAAACCACGAAAAAUAAGCGAAGAGUUGCUGGGAAUAUUCGAACAAAAAUCACAACAAAAUAUUUUACCAGCAAAAGCGAAAGUCAUCGAAUUGAAUCACGUUAACCUGAUCAAGUCAUCGCUGGAGAUUUAUCCGACACUCAAUAAAACGUGCAAGAGCGAGGUAAAAAUAUUCAUUGGCCAGUAUUAA